UUCAAAGUAUUGGCAGUGGCUUGUCUGCCUGAGUCGUACUUCUAGGUUUCCACUCGGAUAUUUCGUACCCUUUGCCUUUCCUUUUCCAUGUAGACGCGAAGAACUUAGUCAGAAAUAGAACUUCAACUUCUUCACCGUGCAAAGAAAGAUCUAGACUCCCUACCUUGGUAAAGAGCAACAGAAAAAUAAAAAUGUCGCCACUCCCUACAAUUACGCUCCUCAGAGCGGCAACAGCGGUUCUCAUUCUCUCCGUUGACCUCGUUUGGGCCGAGUGUUGUUUUCGCAUCGGAUACGGGGUGCGCAUGAAGCCGUGCUGUCUGAAAAUUUUGGACAACUGCGACGAGUUUAACAAACAACGGCAAACACUGGGAGGCACAAUCGGCAGAAGUCCAACCCAGUGUCCCGCCACCGCCGAUGCAGCAGCGAUCAUGAUUCGGGGAGUAUAUUAUAAUUGGUUCUGUGUUCGAUCUAGUUGUAUUGGCAAGUAGUUCCAGUUGCUGUCAGUGUCAUCUCUGGUGCUCUUUCAUUGCUCUUGCAGCAAUACAACCGAUGAAUUUGAAUCGUAAAAAUACAACACGACUCGUCAAUAAGCUUAUUUUUCUUUUAUCACAGCCCCACAGCGUCGGCGUCGCCGACUCACCCACGGCAACCAAGAAUCUGUUGCUGAACGAACAGAAAGCAUCAGCAUCACAAGGCGCAAGCGAAAAGCCUUUUUUCUCCACAACGUCACUCUCCAGCCUCUGCCUAAUUCUUGCCGCGGUGGCGGCAAUUGCCGCGAUCAUCAUCGCGUUCGCGCGGAAACGGAGCCCCCUGCUGACGCAAAGGCUUCUCGGAAGAACGGAAAUGACCGGCGCGGCGGGCGGGGAGGCACCCGUGGAGUGAUUCUGCAUUUGAAACGAAUGCAGGUUGAACUAGGUAGUGGUUGCUGCAAGAAGAGGACGAUUCGGAUUUACACACAAUUAGUGAUAACGCGGGGUCCGCAGCAGCAAAUGGCAUUUGAUUUAAGAAUGUGAAUGUCAACGUGCCCCUGUUGACCGCCGCGGCCGGCUAAUGCACACACAGUAGAUGAUACAAUCGAAAUCAAACACAAAUUCCGCAAGUAUUCGGCCUACAU